AUGCCUACUUCCAACAACUCCCUCGAAUUUGUUAUGGACAAGCACUGUGAAAUGGUCAGUCACAGCAGUUCUGCAGACCAAACCCAGUUUUCUGGAAUUGCUUUCGAUCCCUUGUGCGAUUUCAACCAAGAGAUUGUCGACGGAAUGCAUGGAGAAGUUGUACUUCAAUCUGUGACAGAUGUCUUUGUCAACCAUGCCGAUAUGGAAUGGACCCGUACCUCGGCCAGAAACCCAGCAGUCUCAAACCUCCUCAGUCUCAAAAGUUUCCUGCCAACCGAAGUCAACGAGGCCACAACCAAGACAAUUGUUGCACAGAAGCCAAAGACGAAUCUGCCGGAGAAGUACAACCAAAACCAGGUGAACAAGCUCUUCUCCUUGGUUUUCUCGGAAAACCAGACUGCUGCUGCCGCUGCCAGGGAAACGGGGAUCAAUGUCCGAACUGCCCAGAACUAUGUCAGGCUGGCCAGAGAGAAGAUCCAGGCCAAUUUUGAUGCUGCCACAGUGGAGACUGAUGAGUCCAAUAGGCUGGAGACGAUGGAGGUUGAGGAGUUUUUCGAAAAUAAACCAGAUGCUAUCUUGGAACAAGCAAGGAUAGCUGUCAUGGAAGAAUUCUCUGGAUUGCAGAUUACCAAAUCAGCAAUCCAGAAGCACUUGGUGAAGAAGUGUGCCCUGACGAUGAAGAAAUUGGAGAAGCUGCCUGAGAAGAGAGACGACGUCAACACAAUUGAGAUGAGACAAGAACGCAUUUUGGAGUGGCAACAACUUGCGGAUUUCAACUAUCUGUCAAACUGUGUGUUCAUCGAUGAAGCAGGCUUCAACAUGCACAUCAAGAGAACUUUUGACCAUUCCGUCAGUGGCACCCUGGCUAAGACAACUGUCCCGACACAGAGAGGUGUGUCUAUCACCAUCCUUGGUGCAAUGUGCAAGAGAGGGAUUGUCAGCCUCUCGUUGAAGAAACCCACUGCAGCCGCAACCAAGAAGAAGAGAAAGUUGGACAUCUACACCAACGUUGAGGUGAACGGCCGAAUUGGCACCAGAACCCAGCACUACCUCGACUUUCUUAGUCAUACAAUGGACGUUCUGGACAGCCAGGGUAUGCAAGGACGUUAUCUCAUCAUGGAUAAUGCUCCUAUCCAUAAGGCCGAUGAGGUGAAAGACUUUAUUUCUUCCGGUGGGUACAAGUGUGCAUAUCUUCCUGUGUAUUCACCUUUCCUAAAUCCAAUUGAGGAAAUGUGA